UGGACAUGGGCUUCACAAGAGAACAUGCUAUGGAGGCCUUAUUAAAUACUAGUACUAUGGAACAAGCCACUGAAUACCUGUUAACACACCCUCCCCCAAUCAUGGGUGGUGGUGUUAGAGAUCUCAGCAUGUCAGAAGAGGACCAGGUGAUGAGAGCCGUUGCCAUGUCUCUAGGAGAGGACAUCCCAGUGGAUCAGACAGUGGAAUCAUCUGAGGAAGCUGCUUGUAGAAAGGAAGAGGAAGAGCAGAAGGCCCGGGAAAACCAGGAAGAAGAAGAGGCCAAGUGUCUGGAGAAAUUUCAGGAUGCUGAGCCCCUGGAACCAGAAGAACUGCAUAAUUUCACAGACACCAUGUUACCGGGCUGCUUCCACUUCCUGGAUGAGCUGCCAGUCACUGUGUACCGAGUGUGUGACUUGGUUAUGACUGCCAUCAAACGCAAUGGAGCUGAUUACCGGGACGUGAUUCUGAAGCAGGUGGUCAAUCAGGUGAGGGAUCCUGUGCCUUGUGAAA